CAAAAUCCAAGAUGGCGAUUUUAUGUGGGUGAUUCGUCUGCAUCCGCUGUUGUCGUGUUUAGAAAAGUCUGUUCUUCCUAGAACGGUAAAAAAAUGCAAAACAGAACAACUUUGUAUGACACUUUACAACAGCGGGUUUUUGGCGUCCAUCCCCCUGGUUUUGUGCUGAAAAAGGCUCGAGGUAUGUGAGAAAUUUCUUGUUCUCGUUGACCCACUGUCUGGCGAUGUUCAUACCCACAGGGGAUCUUGUAUGUUAUUGUUGUUCAAUGUUGUUGCGUUAUGGCUUCAAGUAUCCUAGCAAUUUUUCAAUGAAAAUGAACCAAUUAGUUAGGAAGACUCUAAUUAUUGUUCAUGUUUCACGAUAAUUUCGUCUGUUUGUUUUUCGGUGAUCAUUAGUCGUAUGUUUAUCCUUGCCUAGGAAGUAAAUAUCUGGUGCAGUGCCUGCAGAAGGAAAUCACUUUAACUGGACACGAAGGCUGCGUAAGUUGUUUUUGCCGUUUUUUUGUGUGUUUAUAUCACAAAAUGAGUCGACUGGAACGUAUAAUUCAUCAGAAGGUGAUCAUGAACAUUGGGUAAUUACAUGUAAAGCUUGAGUACAAAAAUGUAUAUUAUUAUACAUAAGCAGGUUUUGUAUGUACAGUCAACUCCCGAUAAUUCGAACCCUCAAGGGAAAGAGAAAGUAGUUCAAGUUACCGGGAGUUCAAGUUAUCGAGGGUAAAAACGAUCUGAAGGGAAAUGUAAAUUGCUUCGAGUUAGUGGGAGGUUCGAGUUAUAGAGGGUUCGAGUUACCGGGAUUCGACUGUAUUAUCUUAUUGGCCCCAUUCAGAGCCUUAAAAACAAGGAUGGCUAGACCCUGGCUUUAUAAAACAUCUCGGAAUACCUUGAUGAAAUAUUAGUCAUCUCUCUUGCAAACAAAGUAGCAAGGGUGCCCUCCCAAAUUACAUAAUUUUGUUUCAAGAUAAAUCCCUUAACACUUAUUUACAUCGACAAGCUUUACCAAAAGGCCUGGAACACUCACAUAGUCUGUGUGGCACGUGCAAAAAGGGGAGGAGGAGAAAAUAUUACGGGUCUUUAAUUUUGCUUUUUUUCGUGAUUGAAAGAAAAUCGCAAAAAUUAAGACCCUCAAAUUUAAAUCCUUGUGAAAUUUAAGCAUGUGAAAUUUAAUACCAAUAGAGAAAAUUCAAAACACAGAAAAAUUUAUCAACAUGUAAAAGCAACAACAUACAAGAGAUAUAUGUUGUAGUUAAUUUUUAUUUUUUCAUUAAUAAUAAUAAUAAUACUAAUAAUAAUAAUAAUGUUAAUCUUUAUUUCUUAGGAUAAAAUUACAUAUCCUAAGUUACAAUAUAAACUCAAAAAAAAAACUAUUUACAUAUCAUAUCUAAAAAUUAUUCUGUUACUAAAAACGUUCUUUAACCUGUCAGUGUAGAUUCUAGGGACAGAGACUGACGUAUUUCUAAGAUUGUACCUCGUGUUCUUUUCCUUAGGAAAAGAACACGAGGUAUUAUUUUUCUAUUUUAUUGUAAUGUAUGCUAUUGAAUUUGAAACAAAGGAAAAACAGAAAUUACCUGAAAUAAAAAAUUAACUGCAACAUACAGUAUAUAUAUAUAUAUAUAUAUAUAUAUAUAUAUAUAAGAUAUACCAGAUAGUUAUUGACAAAUACACUAGUUGGUAACUGGUUUUACCGGUACAUUCCGUUUUGUAUCUGAAGUUGUGAAAUGAUGUUAGUUUGCAAAGAUUUCACACAAUGCUUGUUCUAGCUGAUCAAGAAAUUUUAAUGAGUGCAGACUUUUCAAAAGAGAAAAAUUGAGGAAGUUGAAAACUCUUAAAUUGUGAAAUUUAAUGCUCUUUUUCAUAUUUGCCUGAUGAAAUCACAAAAAUAAAACCCUUCAAAAUAAUGUCUCACAAAAAUCAUGAAAAGUACCAAUAAGGUAUUGUGCACUUCUAAGCCUUUGUUAGUGUUCUCCAGAAGUGCUGGCUACUUUUUUUACUCAAAACAUAAAAAAACUGUCUGUACUUGUGUUAAUCUUGAAUUUUCCAUAAAAUAACUAAAAUUAAAGAAAAUAACCUAAAUACUAAAAUAGUCUUUUCCAUAAAAUAACUGGGGACAGGCUGCUAUAAAUUGACCUUGAUUUUCCUGUUGUUGUAAGCCUCAAAAUGCACCAGAUUUCAUCUUUAGGCCCCUAUCUUUUAAAAAUUUUCUGAGGGAGUAUGCCCCCAGACUCUCCUAGGUGAUCAUGCCCUAUGGGUGCUCAGUGCCAGGCGUCUGCUACUUUAAAUUGAGGGCUGGCUAGUUAAGAAUUUCUGGAGAACACUGUUUGUUUAGGGAAAGUAUUAUGUUGAGUCAUUUUUUUUCAUAUCGAUAUCAUAAUCAGCGAAACCAAACAGUUCGUACCUCUAUUUUUUGUUGAAGUUAAAGUUACCCAGCAAACUUGAGAAAUAGUGAAAUUCAAUGUGUGAAUUAACAAAACUGAUGGUCUUCCUAAUCAAAUACAGUCAAACCUCUUUUAUACCGACACCAACGGGACAGAACCAAGACAGUGUCCGAUUUACAGAGGUGUGCGUAUUCAAGAGGUAGGGAAUGUAUGAUUUUUGGCAUUUCUGGGACCAAAAAAACUGUCUGUAAUAGGGAGGUGUCCAUAAGGAGAGGUUAGACUGCAGCAGUCACAUAAAUACAACUGCCUUUAGACUGUGGCAUGAAUUAGAAAAGGAGGAAGAAAUAUAAAUACUAGUCAAAAAGCUCCAUGCAUAAACUUUCAAAGAAAGCUUUUGAACAAUAUUUUUUGUAGUUUUUAUAAUUCGGAUAGUAUUUUGGGAAUGAAUAAUGUUUUCAGAAUGUAGCAGACAUGGAAAUCUGAUGUUAACUGUUUUGUUAUAUCUUCAGGUGAAUACCAUAGCAUGGAAUGAAAGUGGUGAAUACCUUCUGUCUGGUGCUGACGACUGUCAUCUUAACAUAUACAGGCCAUCUAACAGACAGGUUACAUAUAGCCUACUUGUACAUUUAAUUACAUUUGUAUAAUAGGUGCCUGUGGCCCUGCAGAAAUUCCAGUAUGUCAUUACAAGAGUUAUUGGUACCACACCAUGUUUUUAAUUGGUCUGGGUCAAAUUUUUCCACACUCUAAAUGUGCCUUAAAUCCUGUCAAUGUUAUUGUAGCCAGCCCAAGCUCAUGCUCUUUGAGCAUUCCUGUUUAUCAUGUGCAUUUUUUCAAAAAUUUGUGUCAACCUUUUUCUUGCUUAUUUUUUGUACUAUGUAAAAGUGCUCCACUUUAAAAAACAGAGCGCUGUAUUUCAUAGGACCAUAAUGUUGUGGGAAACCCAUUAUUUUAAGCAAACCGUGUUGAUGCUGCUUUAUAGCAGAGUGAUAUAAAGAAUAAAGUUGCCACACCGUACAAAAAUUCAAGGAGAUAAAAAUAACAUUUUUUCUUCACUGUUCAGCAUGUAAUGAGUGAACCAGAUGUGUACAAGUGUAGGGUUACUUUUCAAGAGUGAUGGUUUUGAUUACUUAUUGACUCCAUGAUUUGCCUUUUAGUUGGUGCACUCCAUACGAUCUGGGCACAGAGCUAAUAUUUUCAGUGCAAAAUUUCUGCCUUGCUCAGGAGAUAGACGGGUAAGUAAUAGUUAUUAUUGAAUGAAAGAAACUUGGCAAUCAGCUGCGAUUAAAGUUACUUUCAUUUGACAAUAAUAAAGUUCAAGACAUCCUCACUUAGAGAAUGCAGUUGAAUGCAGAGUAUGGAAAUACAUGUACGUACAUGUACAUGUACACCGUCUUAUUAACCAAUGAUUGGAACUGUAAUAGCUAAGAUUGGUGCCAGUGUUUUGCUUCUUCCCUGUUCUUUUUUGUUAUUGUUGUAUCUUGAAUCUUAUGUUAUUUAUAAAAAAUUUCAAUUUUGUUGUUAUUCAGCUCACCUAGAGAUGUGCUUGUACAAUAAUAUUAUUGAUACUAAGUACUGCAGGGUUGUCACUAAGAUUUCAAGUUGCCGGGUAAAUACAACAAGUAGGCGGGGAAUCAAACGGCUAGGGAUUUCUUUUGGUUCUAUUUUUGCUCUAUUUUCCAAUAAAAGUAGCCGGGGGCCACUCUCUUAGUAGCUGGGGAAAAUCCCCGGCCCCCGGCUCUUAAUGACAACCCUGGUACUGAGUAGAAAAAAAGUAAAUUAUUGUCCAAGUUGUUAAAAUAAUUUGAAAGCCAAUGCUUUGGGCACUAGUCCUUGGUCAAAGCAAAUACAGUGUAGACUGAGAGACGUGUACUUUAUGUAUAUCAACAGCUAGUGUCCUGUGCAGGAGAUGGAAUGAUCCACUUCACUGACCUUGACAGGGAAUCCACUUAUGGCCAGUUUCAAUUUGACUGUCAUGCCGGAACAACUUAUGAGGUAAUUCAUUUGGCUACAUGUGAUCAUUCAUUAUAAUUAAAACUGAUUUUUUCUAAACAGCGCUGAGUACCAGCAGUGGGAAAGGCCCUGCAAGCUCACCUUGUAAUCAAGUUUUUCUGCCCCAUUGUGAGUCCCUUUUAAAUAUAGAUAUACAGAAAGUGAUAUACAGUUGUACAUGUAAUGUUAAGCAAAAUCUGUCAACCAUAUUAUUGCAGGAUGAGCUCAAGUUAACUCUUAACCCUUUAACCGGCAAAUUUUUUGGUGGAAGUUAAUUUUAUCAGUGCAAUAUGCUGACAGCUUCCCCAUACCAUAACUCCCAGGGACAUGAACUAAAUUAAUGUGAAAAUGUCCAUUACAAAAUGCUCUUCUAAAUACAGAAAUAAACUAUGAAACGGUAUUUAUUGUCAAUGUUUUAUCAAAUAUAACUGUUUCCAAUUUCAAGUCUCAGAGGGCACUUGACCUCCAAAGUUGCUUUGUACUAUCGAGUGAAUCGCCAUUACGAGUCAUUACAACUUGCUUUCCUUUGCUCAAAGAGUUAUCUUCAGAAUUGCAGGUUUUGAUCCAUGGUGAAGGUCAGGUGAAGAGAAUAACACCCAAUACAAUUCCUUAAAACUCCACAGAUGACAAAAACAGGGAUUUUACAGCUGACAAAAUCUUUAAUUUUUUUUUGUUUUUUCUUUAUGAAUUAUUAUUGAGUUUUGAAUGUAGAGUAGCAUAACAUAACAACUUUAUUUAAGUGUCGAUGUGUCUAGCUAAUACCAGCUUACUGGGGACACUAUAAGAUGCUACAGUGUGCGUAUCAAACCAUGCUGGGAAAAAGGAACCACGUGUAGCAUUGUUAAUAAUUCAUAAAAAAAUUGCUUUUUAUUGCUUUGUGUGAUUUCAUUGAAGGAAAAGAAAAAAACAACUCCAGUCAUAAUGCUGUUGUGUUUCAGGUCAUCACAACUCCUGGAGAUCCCAACACAUUUUUAAGCUGUGGUGAGGAUGGCACUGUGAGACAGUUUGACCUCAGAACCAAAACAAAGUGUCUUUGUAGAGACUGCAAAGAGGUAUGUGCUUUUCUUGAAGAGUCUCAAAACAGUAUACCUCUCCAUGAAGGGACAGAUCUAUAAUAUUAAUUGGACACCUCUUCAUACACGGUUAAAUCCUAAAUACAGUCAACUCUUUCUUCAUGGUUUCACACCAAUUGUACUUUUGUAGGACAGACACUUCGGUAUAAUGGACACCUAGACGUGGUCCCUGCCUAUCUUUACUCACCGUAUUUGACUCUCUCUAUGUUGGUUAAAAAGUGUCCACAGAUAAAAAAUAAUAACCAUUUAAAUAAAAUGACUUACGAACAUGUUAUACAUGUAACUUGCAGUUAUUGUUGAUUGACACGAUUUGUCUGUUUGGAUCUUGUUGAACAUAAAAGUAUGAAUUUUCCUCCAUUGAAUUUUUGUAAGGAUCACAUUAUUCUUCAUUUCUUUGGUGUUUUCUCUCUUAAUACCUUCCUAAUCCAGGAUAUUCUGAUUGACUGCGGCAAAGCUGUGACGUCCAUUAACCUAAACCCCAUCACACCUUACCAUCUGGGACUAGGAUGUGAAGACAGUACUGUUCGAGUGUUUGACAGGCGAGCACUAAGCAGCAGCAGUUCUAACAAGAUGAAUGGCAUGUUCUGUCAGUUCAGACCAGAUUCACUUAGUGAUAGGACAUGCCGAGUAACAUCACUUAAUUACAGGUAGACUUCAUACAAGUGAUUUCUCUAAACUUGUCAAAUAGGGCUGGUGACAAGUAUAAGCAGGGGCACCCAACGGCUAUUUUCGGGAAAAUAUCUGUUCGGAAGACGAUUUGAGAUCUAGAAUUUUCGGAGCAUUUGUUGUAAAAUUUCUUGCUUUCCUGCCUCUCCUAGGAUUUUCGAACAUCUACAAAAUGGUAUAAAUGCCCAUUUUUAACGGAUUUUGACCCUAAAAAAGGCCACCUAGAAGUUUCGGGAGCCUUUUCCUGGCUGAAAUUUUCGAGAAGGUAAGUUUUUAUCCCUAUAAUUUUCGGAUCACUAGAAUUUCAGCUAGGAAAUCCGAACAGAUGAAAAGUUUUUAGGGUAUAAAAAUAUGCCUAUAUUUACCGUUUGAAUACUAAAAUACGUUCAACAAUGCUAUGUUAAGUGGUUUAGAACUAUAUCCUCGUUGGGUGCCCCCGUAUAAGGCUGUUUUAGGGGUCUACGCUCACCUCACCAACAAACCAUCUCGCCACCAAGAAGUCGACUCGCCACCAACAAAUAGCUCUGAAGUAAUUGACUCAGUUCAAAUAACACCUAGGAUUGCUUGCCUACAUUGUAAGAUUUUUACUUCUUCGUUGCUCUUCAGUUCACAUUUAAAGUCAACCCAAAUGCAAAUCUGUCGAUCCUUAUUGACAAAUCGUACGUCAAAAGUCUUACAUGUAGAUCUUGAUAAUGCAAAUGCUAAUAAUACAUUUAUAGGUCCUAUGAAUGUAAACUUUGACAUUUUAAGAGAUUAAAAAACUGGCAGAAACGUUUUACACCCGCUGGUCAUUUCUUUGAAAUAUGAAAAUAAAGUAACGGUUAAGAAAUUUCCGUUCAUGAAGGUUCAAAACAAUGCGAAGCCAAGUUCUAUUCUUGGUGGCGAUUUCAUUGGUGGUGAGAUGGUUUGGUGGCAAGGUUACCAGGGGCCCGUUUCUCGAAAGUCCCGGUAACUUUACGGGCCCGAAAUCAAAAAUUCAAAUCGAAAUAUAAAGAAUAAGAGCGCGGAUCCUGGCUAGCAAACUACUCCAUUUAGUUUCAUUAACUGACAGUUUUAUCAUGUUAGAUGCAAAACUAUUGAAACCUCGAUCUUUAAUGUAAACGGAGACAGCUUACCGGGCCCGUUAAUUAUCGGGACUUUCGAGAAACGGGCCCCAGAUACCAUAUCAGAUCAAUUACUUAGUGCCUAUGCCUAUACACAAGAAUUAUUUAAGAGAAUUUGAUAAAAAGAUCAAAGCAUUGUCUCUUUGUUUAUUGUGUUUUUUUGUGUUCUCAUAACCUUUUCUCUCAAUGAUGUACUGAUAUUGUCAGGAGCAAAUUGAUGUUGGUCAAUAUUGGGGCUUACAGCGAGGAGUCCAAGAGUGUGACCUCCUUUUAAAUUAAGUCACAUGCUUUCAUGCAGACAUUAACCAAGCAGAAGUCGAGGACAGUUUCCAGCUGGCUUCUGAUUGGAUUAAAUCUGUGUGAAAGAAUGUGAAUAAAUCAAAAGUGGUCACACUUUUGCGCUCCUUGCUGUAAAGGGUCAAAGCUACUCUUUGCAUAGUUUUUUGUUUGCUUCUCAGUCAUUUUGGGGUUUUUCUAUAUUACAGCUACAACUGUAUCUUGUUACUCCGGUAAUUUUACCCUUACUUGUAAAUUAUCUUAUUCCCUCUUGUUUUAAUCUUAUUAUUGUACACUGACAUUAACCAUACCCAGAUGAGGCAGGGUGGCUGAGUGGUCAGCGCGUCGGACUCCCAAUCCGGCGGUCUGGGUUCGAGUCCCACUACGGGCACUUACUGGAUUUGGCCACGCUUGUAAAUAGCCAACUGGCUGCCUCCUGCCAAUUGGGGUUUUUAAUCCUGUUAUGUUUAUUAAAAAGAAGGGGUAAUCAAACUAAAACCAACGAGAAAAUUGAACCGCUACAUAUGUUUCAACUUUUCACUCUACAGGAAAUAGACUGUAAAAUUAGAAUCGCAUUAAAUAUUAAGGUGAACUGAGUGUAAGAAAACCAAAAAUUUUGGGUCACACCUUCGCAAUCAUUCAAUGGAAAAAAAAGUAAAACUCAAUAAAUGGUGAUAUUUUUUUAGCCAUGCAACUUGUGAUAUUGCACCAGGAAGUAUAAUUUUUUUCUUAUCAUUUUGCUUUGCAGUCCUGACGGCAGCGAGCUACUGGUCAGUUACUGUGCAGAUUACGUGUACCUCUUCACGUUACGAGGCACGAAACAGCCCCAUGAUGUACACGAUGACAGCUCAGAAGGCGGUCUCUCUAACGGCAGUAACGGCCAUAGGAAUGUGCCACCUCUGAAGCGACUGCGCCUUCGAGGUGACUGGUCAGACACUGGCCCUAACGCCAGGCCUGAAAGUGAGCACCCCUCCCCCGAGAAUUCUCUGAUGCAACGCAUGUCUGAUAUGUUUGCGCGCUGGCUCGAAGAAUCGUUUCGUGCUGGUCAGCGGCGUAGAACAAGGUCAGCUUCAUCGCAGUCGGCUUCUUCGUCGUCAGCAACUUCGUCUUCGUCCAUGUCAUCUUCACCAUCGAAUAUAUCCAGUAGUUCGUCGGAAUCGAGUAGUGCUUCGGGUGUAUUCGGAGAAGAACCAAGGAGGCGUCGGGGAAACGAACGGAAUUCUGAAGCAUCCCGAAGCCGAAGAGGAUUAAGAGUUAGUUCGUCAGAUGGUGAAAGGUCCAUUAAUAUGGAUCCUGAGACUGAGCGGAACCAAACCACUGGCGACAGGACUGCACAGCAUUCGCACUCUGACGGAAUAGGCGAGAGAACUGCACAGCAUUCCCACUCGGAUGGAAUAAAUGUUUCGAGUACCACAUCUUUAGAGCUUAUUCCGCAUUCCGAAGAAGACACUUUUAGAACUUCUUUAUCUGAAGAGCGCUCUAGUGAAACCCUUCUUAGUAGCAUCACUUUAACUUCAGAAGGAAAUGAUACAGUGUCCUGGGGACACAGCUCGGAGUAUUUGGCCGAAUUGUCGUCACUUACGAGAGGACCCGAAAACACAGACGACGUUGGACGGCAGAGCCGAAGCGUCGCUGAUAAUACAUCUAAAAGCGAACGAUCAUUUAAUGAAGCGGGCUUCUCUAAUACAAGAAAUUCAGGUACUCCGCAAGGCAAGUCGCAAAAAAGAACUAAAAACGCUAGAAAAGCGGAAACAACAGACAAUUCAACAUUUGCGAGCUGUAAUCAUCCAGUAGGUAUAAACAGCUCUUCUUCAGAAGUCACGCAAGAAACCGCUCGUUCAUCACGCACGCGCGCUGAGCCUACGAUUAGCGAUGAACCAAGUACUUCAAGAAACGCUAACGAGAACUCUGCAAUUGCCAAUCAAACCAGUGCCGCCACCCGAAUUCAGCGUGUUUAUAGACAACAUAAGAAGACCAAGUCAUUCACGCAGAACUACGAACAGGAGGUCUGGAUCCCAGAAAUGACUCGUGUAUAUAAAGGUCAUCGGAACGCUCGAACUAUGGUGGGUUUUGUUAAUCAGUUUGUUUUUUAGACUUUUUUAAGUUUCUGGACUUAAAUAGACCUUGGCCUUAACAGAAAUGCCUCAGGAAAUUUUGAUAGUUUUUUUGUGCAAAUUAGGGCAAAGUUACAUUCGUUCGGAUCAUUACACGUUUCUGGGAGACUGUCGGCCCACCCCUCCCGUAAGCCAACUUUAACACUUACUUCUCACUUAGGGCAAAAUGCUGGCUUAGCCAUAGGGGAGGGGUAGCUGGGCAGUUUCCCAGAAACGUAUAAUGGUCACAAACAUCACUUGCUUUUUGUACGAACAUUAAUAAUUGUUUGAAUGCCUGGGUCUUAGAUUCAGAUUUUACUUUUUUUAUUUUAAGGUGUUCUAGAAUAACCGCAUACUUCGAGGAAAUUUCGUAUAAACAAUUUUGAUAUAUUAGUACUUGCUGUAAGAAAAUCUGUUGUUAGUUAGAAGUUUUUUGUAAGCCAUUUUCAAUUCGGCAGGGAAGAAUUUUCCUCUGUGAAGCAUUAUAGGGAAUUCUAUUGGAUGCAAAGCUAUAUCAGCAAAUUAUUACUAAAAUUUAUGCAACGAGGCUGAUUAUGAUAAUUAUGAAGAAUAAGGCUGGCAGAUAGCUGAGGAUGGUGUUAUUCUCCGAGGCCUAAGGUCGAGGUGCAAGGUAACAGCCACCGAGACUGAUCUGCAUAAUUCUGCAGAACAAACUAAAGCCGAAUUCUACGACUGUUUUACUGUUUAUUCAAGUUCUAACAACCUUACCUCCUCGUAGACUUUCUUCAAAAUAUUGCAAAAGAAUGUCGAAAAUUUCUCGGUACAGUUCCAAAAUAUGAUCAAGUAUUUUUCGUUGCAAAUACAGUAGAACAUGAGCCCUGGUAACUCGAACUCUGAAGGGAAACGAAAAACAGUUCCAGUUAGCGAGAGUAUCGAGGUCGAUUGCAAAAUUCAAUUGUCGGUGUCAAUUAACAAUUAUUCUUUGAAAUCGAGGUGAAUAGUGGCAAAAUAUUUACCGAGACGCGAAAGCGGCGAGGUAAAUAUUCCCAAAGCCACUAUUCACCGAGAUUGAAAAGAAUAAUUGUUUUAGUAUAUACACAUGAAGUGAUCUCAACAAAAUCAGAGAGGAAACCAUUCAAAAGUACGAUUUGAUUGACAGAUCAAAUCACGCGUAAGUUUAAAAAUAGAUCUUUGCAGAAAUUUCAAACAUGGCAAUUCACAAGUUUAUCAUUUCGCAAACAACAGCGUAAUGGCUUAAAUGGAACCGCUAAAAGUUUGAACUGUUUCCUUACCUGAGAAGAAAAGUAGAGCUGUGUUGUUUUCUGUUGACUCGCCACGUUUAUAGCCAAAAGGGUUUGUUGUGUCGUUCCUCGCAUGAAGUGCUGACAAAAAUGGCGGCUCAUUUGCUCGAGGUAAGACGUCGUCUUUCUGUAUCAUUCUUUUUCCUGUUUACUUGAAACGUAGAAUUUCUGCAAACAUUUCCUUUUAAAUUUGUUUUUCAUAAAUAAACUUCGAUUUUUGAGCCAAAAUUGUCUUCUUAGAAAACGGAAACGGCUUCUUCUACGCGAAUACACGGGAGUUGUAAACAAUCCAUCGAGCACAAAACUCCUGCUACUACUGAGUGCUACAGUAAAUUGAAAAACGCCGUAUUGAAUCGUUCCAAGUCUUUUCUUGCCUUAAAAAAAGUCAGCCCUAGGAUUCUGUCGACUUUUAAAAGAUCGUUCUCUAAAAAAUGGGAAAAACACUGAGCUCACACAUUAUCCACUCGCUAGGAGGUGAAUAUUGUUGAAUAGUCCGAGAUAGCGAACCAAUCAGAUUGCUUAAAUCACCAAGAUCACUGAGUGUGUAUAUACUAAAAAUUGAUAGUUACUGAUUUUGCAGCAUUUCCCGCAGUGUAUAGUGCUACUGCAGUGCAAGUUUAACUUAUUUUAUUAGAAACGGUAACAUGAUUGGGCAUUUUUUAUGAUAUUACGAGAUCUGUUCGUUGCACCAAUUAAAAUCAAAUUGCUUUAAGUUUUAACCAGUGUUAGAUUUGGUGUUUUUACUGAUUAUACAGCAAGAAGAGCUAAUGAAAUGGCAUCUGAGUAGAGGUACAGGAACGAGGAUUCGAGUUUUCGGGAUAAUUUUCAGUUACUUUUCGAUCAAGGGAAAAGAAAUUUAGUUCGAGUUAGCGGGGAAUUCGAGUUAUCCGAGUUCGAGUUAUCGGGGGUGCUACUGUACUCCUCAAAAGAUAGAUUUUUGUGUAUUCUUUCAUUCGUUUCGUUAAGUGCAAUAUACAUCGUGUCGAUAGUAUACACGUAUUGCUUCUUUGUUUUUUUAGAUCAAGGAAGCUAAUUUCUGGGGUGAGGACUUUGUUCUCAGCGGCAGUGAUUGUGGGCGCAUCUUCAUUUGGGACAAGUAUAGCUCUGAAGUGGUGAUGAUUCUUCAAGGGGACAAGCAUGUGGUGAAUUGUGUUCAGCCACACCCAUACGACCCCAGUAAGUCUUCUUCUACAUGUAUUCCUUAGUUACUGUGAUGUUAUCGUGCUAUGAAAAGUUUGAACCCAGGAGCCAUUUCGUAAGUGGAUUGAGUAUGAUCGUCCGGGAGAACGUAGUCCUGAAUAGGACUGUUAUUGACAGUGUCUGACGUUUCGGCAACCUGUGCGAUAGUCAUCUUCAAGAGUCAAAGUGAGUGGUAUCACGUAAGUUGAUGGUUUUGAACUCUGGUUGAUGACCUGAUUGGUCAAUUAAGUCGCGUGUCAGUUAAGCUGUGUUGUUACUAGCUAUGAAGACUGGAAAUGUCAUUGGUGGGUGGAUCGGCAUUCGGGAAACAAUUGUGCUAUUAUCCAGUGGAUUGCAUUAUCUACCGAUAAAACAACUGGAGCCUGAGUGAUACAUGGCACUCUAUGGUUGGCUCGACGCCUCUGCCUUGGUCCUGCCAGCAGUUUCUUUUGAUAAUGUUCAAAAGUCAUGUUUACGGGAAAAUUGAAUGUCAGAUUCAAGGAAGUGAACAGUAGAUCAACUUGGAUGAGACCACAUGUUUUUUGUUUUUGAGUAGAUAUAAUGAAUAGCUGACGUUUGUCGUUUGCAGUGCUGUAAACGGGAUUCUAAAUCUAUCUAUAGUUUUGCCAGUUUACAAGUUACUCACAGUGCUCAGUAGUUGCUUUGAUUGGAACAUUUUUCUCUCAUUUGUCAGGUUUAUUGGCCAACAAACGCAUUAAUAGUUUGAAAAUUCGCCUUUAUAUGUGUUUAUUUUACGUUUGUUGCGUUGUGUUAAAAAGCAAUUCGUUGGUCUGUUAACGGCCCUCACGGAGUACGGGCAAAUAGAUAAAAGCAAACGCUUGAAGGUAAACUGGCGCCCCCUCUUCUCUUUUUUCUCCCAGUUUUCUCUUGAUUGUUUUUCGUGUUCGCUUUUUCCUUGCCGACGUUGAUGUACAGUCAACUUCCUCCGCCAAGACCCACAUUUUUGGGACCGGCGCUAUCAGUCCAUCUUGUUGGUCAAACAAAGAGAUUAAGGAACUGAGGCAGGGACCAACUGUAGUUGUACGUCGUAGAAAAGUGUACGUUACAGGGUCCGCACGCAGCUUGAAAGUCCUUGAAAAUCCUUGAAUUUAAAAAUGAAGAUUAAAGGCCUUGAAAGUCCUUGAAAACUGCAGUCGGUGUCGGAAAGUCCUUGAAUUUCAGUGCUAACUUAAGAGUUAAAGUAGAUUUCCAAAGUAAAAGGAGCAAACACAGAAAGACCUUCGGGAUAAAAUUACUCAUGUUGUUGAAGAACUAAAAAAGACAUAGACCCAAGGCUCUUUUUUGCACAGAAUGGAGUCCUUGAAAAAUGGGAAAUGUGUCCUUGAACGUCCUUGAAAAUUCCUUGAAUUUUUUGUUCAAAAAGGAUACGAACCCUGCCGUUAAGAGAUAGUGAACUGUAGGUCGAUCUUUAUAGUGUUUGUUAUGAUUUUAGUUCUGGCGUCAAGUGGUAUAGAUUAUGAUGUCAAACUAUGGACACCAACUGCCAGAGAACCCAUAGAACUUACAGACAAAGAGGAGGUGUGUACUUGAAACUCUUUAAUUUAUACUUACGCUUCACUAACUUGCCGUGUUUGAAACUCCCCAUUUGUUUUACUUGUAAGGCAUAUUUAGAAAAUUUUCAAAAACACAGACAGUUAAUUUAAAAAAAAAAAUCAAACCUUAUAUUCUGAUUGCACUGCUUGAAACUUUAGUUUGAGCACGGCCCUUUUUUGUCCACAGAAAUUGUGGUCUCCCAGGCAACCGUUUUUUUUUUUUUUUUAAUAUAUGUGCCAUCACGCAUCGCCGCGUCCUCCAGCGUUGCGUGGCGCCACCCAAAAAAAAAAACGGUUGCGUGGUAGACUCCAAAACUACAGUUCAGAGAUCAACAACAGAAAAAUCUUGCACCAGAUACCUACUUACCUGUAAAUAUUUCGGCAUUCAUCGAUUUAACGUUGUAACCCAUAAAGGUAAACACGAAAGUAUAAUAUGAAAUGAUUAAGGAUGGUUUAGGGUAGAGGAGAUAAGACUUAACUGUUUGUUUGUUUUACAGAUAAUUCGUCGCAAUGAGAAAAUGUUGGAGGAGAGCAGAGACACGAUUACAGUCCCAGCUUCGUUUAUGAUACGCAUGCUUGCCUCGCUCAACCAUGCCAGAUUUAGUACGUAUAUCAACCUUUAAUAGCGAAAUUUUGCCAAAUCGUUGCCUUCUUUUUAAUAGACAUUAUUUUUGCAUCGCCUAUAUAUUGCGUGCGAAAAGGAGAGUUUUGCAAAACACGCGCUUCGGGUAACACGCGACAGCAGAUUUGGCUGUUGCAAUUGGCAAACCGGCCUAGUUUUUUAACUUAUUCGCCUAAAUUUCUGGAAGGGAACAGACGAUUGAAAAAGCAGAUUCUGCAGGGUACACCUUAACUGUGAACCACAAUCUUAACCAGGAAAUCUUCAGAAAUUGGGUCAUCCCUACCAAAAAGUCAUUUCAGGGAACGCAGGUUAAUUAAGGACAGGAACAAGUAUUUCAAUAAGCGCAAUAAGAAAGAAUCCCAGCUGGCCGGAGGCAAACUGGGGUCCCGUUUUGAUAUUUCUCUUGCAUUAUAGGAUAUCGCUCUUGUACUUGUUCACUAACAGUGUUUUGAUUUCUUUUGUUUUUUUUUUUUUCUCGCCCUCAGGUCAACAAAACCAAGACGACGACACAGACUCUGAUUCCAGUGAUGACUGCUAAACGACUGGUUGUGUGAAUUACAUGAGUUGCUUUUGGUUGGUCUAAAAUUCCCAUAAAUCUUCUUUGUUAAUUAAAUCUGAGAGUAAAGUGUUCUGGUGUUGUUUUAAGCAGGGCAAUUCCUACAAUUCCUCGUUCCCAGGCUAGGGGUAGAAGAGAACCAUGGGAACGAGACUGUGGAACCAGUUUUUUUCAGCAAUCCAAAGCGCUUUCCUUUUUCAUUUAUAAGGAAAGAACUCUGUUGUUGUCGUUGUUUUGGGGGAUGGUUUGUCGGGGUGGUUAAUAUAAAGUUUGUCCGUUGAUAUUAUUAAUUAAUAUGAGCAGUGACCAGAUGUCUCUAAAAUUCUUCGACUUGAAUGAGAGUAAUUAGUAAUUAAACAAUUGCUUAAGUUAAUAAUUGUGUAAAUAAAUAGGAACACUGGUUGUGUUGAACGGAAUUGUCAAGUUGUAUUAUACUGUCAUUACUACGAUGACUUUUUUAAAGCAGUUGUCUAAAGUAUGAUGUAAAGGUCAAAUAAUUACCUAAAAUGGAGUUUAAAAUCACGUUUUUCGACAAACGGCAAACGUCAGAUUGUCAUUGUCAGUUUCUCAAAAAUAAUAUGAAAUGAACAGACAGAAACUGUCCGAGAUAAUUAUUACGGAUGAACUUGGUAUGCAACUUGUAAAUAAUUAUAUGUAGACGAAAUGAACAGUAAAAAACGGAAAAAAAUAAGUACAGUCAAACUCCGUUACUACGGACACUGAAGGGGCCCUAGAAGGUGUCCUUAUUAACGGGGUGUUCGUAUUAAGUAGGAUGAAUUUAGUCAAAAUGUAAGGGUUUUCUUUCCCCAGGGACAAAGCCAACUGUCGGUAGUAAUGAGGUGUCCGUAUUAACCGGGUGUCCGUAAAGCGGAGUUUGACUGUAAAGGUAAAACUCGCUAACGUGAUUCAAAUUGACGUUUGUCCUUAACGUGAUUUUACAUCUGUCCACGUCUAUACUCAGCUUGUCCGGAGACAGACCACAUAAUCAUUGUUCAUUAUAAAAUGAGUUUUACAAUGCGACUACUCGCACGUUCAUAAAAGGCUGUUUCGCGAGAGGUCGGGUAAUUUCAUACGGUUGAAUCUUGUAUAGUUGAACCAUGAAUGUUGUUGGUCCGUUUGCAUAAAAAAAAUUGUUUUUCUUUUUUCAAAAAACGUCAUGAUUGGAUAAUCUACUUUUAAGUCCCCCGGUGGGAGUAGUCGCACUGUAAGUGUCGAAUAUUCUUGAAGAAAUAGGUGUACAAAAUCUGGAAAUGUAAUGUUUGUGCAAAGUGUAUAGCUGAUACACCCAUUUGUACUUUCUUCAUAAAAUACUGACACUUUUAAGGUUCUGUAUUUUAGAAGGUAACUUACCGCUUUCAAAUUUUCAAACAAUGCUAUAUGUGAAAGCCCUUUCCACUUAUAAAGUUCCUUGUGUGCUUAGAAGCAUUACUCCUCGGUACCUCUCCCGCGGUACAUUUAUCCUGGUGUUUUACAUGACGUAAAACAAGUCUCAGUCACUCAAGUUUAUUGAGUUUGUUAAUAGUAAGCUCGGACUUCAGCGUACAAGGCGUCACUAGCAGCCGUUAUCAGCUCAUUUAUGAGCUUACUGUAACCCACCCAUAGCCCAUGAUAUAUGAAUGAUGCGUUAAAGGUAGACCGUACCACCGGGUAAACUUCCCAUACUCUUUUCGAACAGUAUUGUGGGUUCGUUUACGUCAGCUUCGAUUGUGACUUUAUUUUGACUUUGUGGGACCCAGAAAUACGUGAUAAUUUUAAGUGAACUCUUUAGGCUGUGAAAACCUAGCAGGUUGAUGAGUAAGUUCGAUUACCAGUCGUUU